AUGCCGAGUAAAUACUCGCACAGCGUCGUCCUGGCCAGUUACUCCAGUCGGGGUAUCGUCGGCCUGGCCAACGACGAGAAACGCGGGAACCAGAAGCCAGUCAAGCCAUCUCGGGUUCUGGCCGGUAAAUCGCCACAACCUCAUCAACCUGAUUUGGCGAUGAAGCCAGGGCCACGGGCUUCUCCUGGAUCUUCGUAUCAUGCUCGUCUCUCGACACUGUCGCCAAAAUCUCCAGCACAAAGAUUUUUGAAAGGGAAAUAUGGUCUCUUUACUAGUAGCACGGCAACCACCCAACGGGAUUCAAAGAAGGAAAUAUCCACCAAUGUCAGAUCAAUGGGUGCGACUGAGGGAUCUCGUCCGUCGACCAGGGAGCGAAUGGUAAUCUUGGACUCGGACAGUGAAGAGACUGUGGGCGGGAUCGCAGUCAACUCCUUUCAGUCUCACGUCUCUGGUCCAGCCAAUAGAGUAUUUCCGGCUUGUUCUCCGACAGCCUCACCACCAGGUCCCCAAGCUGAAAGUCCGGACCUCAAUACCCACCGAAGUCCAUCUAGAGCAGGGGAAACCCUACCAGACCAUACCGAUAGUGGAUUCUUGAGCCUUGAUGAGACACCAGCCUCGCACGUUGCUGCCCAGAAGUUGUCAAUUGGACAAUCUGCAAUCCGAUCCAAGAGACGAUCAAAGUCUUCAAAGGCAGUCCGCCACAAUGAUACGCUGCACAAUAAUCCCAGGCUUCAGACUCCGGCACAACCCUCGCGGCUCGAAGAAACUGGCCGACAGACUCUUAGCCGAGCAAAUAUCAGUUUCAUUGACUUGUCUGAUGAUGAGGUCAGUGGUAAAUCCCACGCACAUACUCCUCGCAGCUCACUGGAUAAAUCACCGUCAACGCAUACCUUGACCUCAGAAGUUGUCCUACCAGGUUCCACACUUUUCAAUGCAUCAACCGGCCUCCGCCUCCAUGAUAUUGAUGGCAGCCUUACUCUUGGAACGAGGCGAGCGACACAAGACAAAUUGGCGAAUGGAACAAUUUGGCAUGGUAGUCUACCUGAACCGCAAGUCCGAAAGCGGCCUCUCAGUAUGGGUAACAGUUAUCACGAAGCCCUACCUUUACACAAAACCGUUAUGCUCCGCAGAAGACAGACCGAGGAAUUCAUAAAGCCUGCAGUCUCGCGCAGUCCGACCCUAGAGCCUCGCGAUCUAUCUUGGUUACUGCUAGACGUGGGACUGGACGACCAACUGCAAGAUGAUGAUCAUGACGAGGAUCAGACGCUUCCACACAUUACCUUGGAGUCCCCCGAUUCUGAAGCUCACGCGGAGGUCACGAUUGCAGGCCUGGAAUCUAGCUCCUCCUCGCCUGACCCUUCAAGACUGGAGCAUGUUGAGAUUGACUUCUCUAAACGUGCUAACAGAACCAAGAACGGAUUAUCCUACUAUCUCCCGGACGAUGCUACGACGAACGUGUAUCUUCACAGACACAAAUAUGACUCGGCGCAUGAUUAUCCGGCUCAAAAUGACCUUAGGCGAAAGUCGCUACCGCCAUUGAGUACCUCGUGGUCUAGUCGGAGAGGAGAGGAAAACUUGUGGUCACCCAACCCAGUUAAAUCAGCUCCGACGUCUGCUCAGGGUGAGGUCCGGCAUCAAGCAAGAAUCUCGGUCCUCAAUUCCAGUCCGGCCAAGCCCGAACCCGAACUCCAGACUUGUCCAGUCACAGAGUUGUCUGAUCAACCCACUUUAAGGCCCAAAUUGAAAUCAGAAGAAGAGAUGAGGAUGAAGAUCCCGACUCCUAUCCCAUCUCCUUCACAGUCGGAGACAUCUCCUAAAAUGUCAGCUAAGAGGAUGGUCAAGUCAUCAUCGGGACCGACUCAUCGAGCACAUCGAGUAUCAUGGCCUGCGACAGUGCCCGAAUUCGGGGUACCCUCAAUCACUCGACAUGAUGAGUCGACACCGCACAUCCAUGAGCAGUGCGAGUCAACCCUUGACUCACGAUUGACAUCAGCGUCCACACAGAAACAGAAAAUCGGGCCGAACGCGAUACGGAGACUGGCAUCGUUUCCCCGGUUCACAAGGCUGGGAAUUCCUGCACAACAAGAGAAAGACGAGGCGCAUACCAGGGUGAUGGAGAACCAGCAAGAAGAAGAUGAUAAUUGGGCGUUACCGAGCAUCCCUAUUUCAAAGGAAGCUGCUUCACGGGCCAAACUAUUGGAGUUAUUGGCAAUAGAGGCGGAGGCUGAAUCCAGGCACGAAUCCAAAGCAUCGAAACCCUGGCGUGAGUAUCCUCCGGAUCUGAGCAGUCAAUUGCGAAAUGUGGACAGCCAGACUGGACACAGCAGCGACCUAGACGAUGUCAUCUCUCUGUUUUCUGAUGCCCAUGACAUUCCAAUCGACAUCCAGGCCGACUACUCACACGACGUUCACACCAUGGGAGACGAGGUAGAGGAUGAUCCCGAUGCAGCUCUUCCUCCACCAGAUAUAUCGCGCCACCGGGCAGAUCGUUCUAGCUCGCGAAAUGCGCAUAAUCGUCUUUCCCAAUCUUCUCUCACCGCGCUGCCUCGCAUGGCAAAUGCAAAAAUAGCGAUCCAUCGACUUUCCCGCACCACAUGGGAUGACAUAACGAAACAGAUGCCCUGGGCUUCGACUCCCACUUCAUCUGCGUCCGCGCCUGCGAAAACCACCAUACGACAGGAGAAGCAGGCGAAAAAGGCCAGGAUGAAAACGGCAAUGAGAGCUUUUUGGGGAAGAAUGAGGAGGCACAUCGAGAAUUGA